AUGCUGCGUGCCAGAGAAGUAAAUGUUGCAAGAAACAGCCUCUUUUGACCAGGGAGCUAAUUUGUUUUCUCAUUCUGUAUUGGGAGUCUAAGGAAGGAUUUGGGGCACGUAGACCCCCCACAAGCACAGGGAAAGAAUCCCAAGUGGUUCCCAUCACCAGCACUGAGAUUCAGGGUGCUUGGUGGGCACCCCAAAAUUUGCAGCAAAUUUAAUCUUCCUUCCAAGCAGCCGGCUCCAGCUCCUGUUUGGACUUUCCAGCUGAGAUGGCUCUGGCGGAUUUCCACUACACCACCGGCAUAAGCAGCGGGUUCAAGGUCUACAUCUUGGAAGGCCAGCCUUCUUUUGAGAAUGAACAGAAAUUCCAACGCCUUCCAGCCCACCGGUUUCCAGUCUACUCAAUCAAACGCAAGCUCGGGGCAGAUGUGAGAAGCCCUGACCGAACCUUCGAGGGACAGAAGGCAUCUAAAGUCAGGCGCUCCCUGGAGUCGACAGCACAUCCUGCCGGCCAGAUUUCGGAAAGCCCGGCUGCUGUGUCCUGUGUCACCUCAUCCAGACCAGAGCCCUGCAGAGACUCUCCAGCGCUUCACCCGUCCUGCCCGCAUAGAUGCCCCUUGAGGAAACCCCUACUGGAUGCCACCCUUACAGUGUCCCAGUUGCAACAGAUGCGUCCUUCAGUCAUCACUUGUGCCCCUCGCCGGAGUUGCUCGAAGACAUCUACUGGCAUCAGCCACUCACAGAUUUCCCCACCAAAGCAGAGGAAUGGGGAGGCUCCCUGUUCUUCCCACUCACUGAGGUUUGGCGCAUGGACCCCCAACUCCGCAGGGCCUUCAGCACAAUCCAGUGGAGAAGCAUCUCCCCGGCGAAGCUGCCAGGAAGUGGAAGAUCAGAAUCCCUACCACAACAACUGAAGAUCUGCGCUCUUGACCAGGGAGAGCCCUUUUGCAUCCUUGUAGCCUUUCUUUCCUGUAUCCGGACCCCAGAAUUCCACCUGCCAGACCUUUCCUGUUGUAGGUGCCUCCCCACUUCCUGCUCCUUACUCAGUGCCCGCCUUCAGUUUCCUCUCGCAGCCGGGUGCACAUGAAACUGCCUUCUACUGUAGCAGACCCUUAGUCUAUUAAGAUGACUGUUGUCUACUCCAACUUGCCAUGGCUCUAUAGGGACUCAGGCAGAGGUCUUUCACAUCACCCACUACCUGGUCCUUUUUUUAACUGGAGGUGCCUGGAAUUGAACCCAGGACUUUCUAUAUGCAAGGCAGAUGUUCCACCACUAAGCCAAGGUCCCUCCCUCUGUAAAUGGCAGCCAUAAUUCUGUCUUAAACUCAGAUACAUCAGUUCCAAAGGUUACUAUUUUGUCUCCAGCGAUGGAUGUUAGGAUGUCUCUGGGCCUUCACUCUGGGCCAUGCUGGCAGUUGCUGAUGGGAAUUGUCAUCCAUGAACAUCUGGA